CUGGCCUGUGGCUGACUUGGUCUUGCUGUUUUGAAAGUAACUAAAGUGGUGUUCAUGAAAAAUAUUUGGGUAAUUCAAGUGGAACAGAGUACAGAACGAGGGGUUUAAGUCUAGCUUCUUUUUAUUUGUUUUUUCGUCCGGCUCUCUGAGCUCUCAAAUUGAUUUCCUAGUCGUGCACAGUUCCUGGUCAAAACCAUUUGGUCACCAUGUCUGUUCUCAACAAACAUCUGUAGUUCUCAACACGCGAUCCAAAACAAAUGGAAGGAACGGACGAACAAACAAGAUAAAGAUAGACAGUAGGAAAGAAAGGAAGAAAGAAAGAAAGAAAGAAAGAAAGAAAGAAGGCCACGCUUAGGCCGCAUUCCCAACUGGGCAUCUUGUCUCGCAACAUUCUGGGACGAUUUAGCCCUACGAAUCCGUUGCUUCAGCCUCUUCGGACUGAUCAAUCCGUCAGUCCUUCUUGGGUCCUCAACAACGUGUCCUCCCACCGUGUCUAAACCAAACGAGUCCCACCGAGUCUCUGUCCGCUCUCAAGUCAAGUCUAAAUCUUAUUCUGAUAUAAUUAUUUACUUAGUCUAUCUAUCGUCCCUGCCCUUGGUCGCGUGUCCAAGCCCGAAGAUGACCAACGACAUGCGAGGCGAGUUAAUCUCCCUGGUGGUGAGGGCCACCGUGGCCUCGGUUUUGGGCUACUACACCAUGAAGUUCGUGUACGAUACCCUGGAUCCCACCCGGAAGCAGAAGCUUAAGGCCGAAGAGAAAGCCAAGCGAUUACUGCAGAGCUUGGGCAUCAACCCGGCCAUCCAGCUCAACGAGCACGAGCUCAUGAUCGCUUCCAACUUGGUGGUCCCCUCGCAAAUCACCACUUCCUGGCAGGACAUUGCCGGAUUAGAGGACGUCAUUCAAGAGCUCCGCGAGACUGUGAUCUUGCCCAUUCAGAAGCGCGACCUCUUCCGCGGUUCCCAACUCACUCAGGCACCCAAGGGCGUGUUACUUCACGGACCACCCGGUUGCGGCAAAACCAUGAUGGCCAAGGCCACGGCCAAGGAGGCCGGCACGCGAUUCAUUAAUCUAGAUGCAGCGGCCUUGACGGACAAAUGGUACGGGGAAUCCCAAAAACUGGCCUCCUCCGUCUUCACUUUGGCUCAAAAGAUUCAGCCGUGCAUCAUUUUCAUCGACGAGGUGGAUUCGUUGUUGCGGUCCCGCAGCUCCAACGAUCAUGAGGCCACGGCCAUGAUCAAGACGCAAUUCAUGCAGCUUUGGGAUGGACUGCCCACCAAUUCUGAGUGCAUAGUGAUCGUUAUGGGCGCAACUAAUCGUCCCAAGGACGUAGAUCGCGCCUUCUUGAGACGCAUGCCCGCCACAUUCCACAUCGGUCUGCCCGAGUUCCAACAACGCAAAUCCAUCUUGCUCGAAAUCCUCCGAUUGGAGAGCUUUUCGGAGGACGUUGAUUUUAAUGCUCUGGCCAGGCUGGCUGAAGGCUUUUCCGGCUCUGAUCUUCGGGAAAUGUGCCGUUUAGCCUCGGUGUAUCGGAUUCGCUCCAUGGCGCGAAGCGAUAACGUGCAAGCGCUCAAACCCAUCUCGCACGACGAAUUACUACAAGCCUUUCGGAAGUUAAAAGAAAGCAAAGUGCAUUGUGGCACUUCUCCGGCAGAUUUCGCUUUACCCAACUUGGACUAGUCGUAUCGCUGAAUGAAAACCCCGCCGAACGUUGCCAUUGGUCGAGAGUGGAACUUUUCAUCAGUUUUGUUAGUUGAUGAGUAUGUCAAAACUUCAUCCUUAAUGCUAUAGUGAAAUAUUGAAUUAAAAGUGAUAUUAAUGCAUGAA